CUACCAUCUGCUCUCAGUAUCAAGAACCAUAAAAAUGGAUACUGGAUGGAUUUCUAAGAAUUUGAAAUUGAUUCUAUGGAUUUGGGUUUUCCUUGUUCUUAUUGGUAUUUCAGAGUGCACUGGCAGACCCCUUAUAAUCAAUUUCGGUGAUUCAAAUUCAGAUACCGGAGGAGUAUUAGCCGGCACUGGACUCCCUAUUGGGAUUCCUCAUGGCAUCACAUUUUUCCAAAUAAACUUUCUGUGUGAACACUUGAGUUAUUUGAGCCCAUAUUUGGACUCAUUGGCUCCAAAUUUCACCAGUGGAGUGAACUUUGCUGUAACUGGUGCAAUGACUCUGCCACAGUUUGUCCCCUUUGCUCUUGAUGUUCAAGUUCGCCAAUUCGUUCGCUUUAAAAACAGAUCACUUGAACUCCAAGCAACAUGUUCCGGAAGUUACAUGGAUGAAAAGGGGUUUCGCAGCGCUCUAUACAUGAUCGACAUCGGACAAAAUGAUCUGUUAAUGGCAUUGUAUGCAUCAAACUUGACAUAUGAACCGGUGGCUAAACAAAUCCCUUCUUUUCUUGCAGAAAUCAAAUUAGCUAUCCAAAACAUAUACUCGUAUGGUGGCAGAAAAUUUUGGAUACACAACAUCGGUCCAUUAGGAUGUGCACCGAAAGAACUCGCGUUGCAUCCCCACACAAAGGCUGAUCUUGAUAGAAUCGGAUGCUUCCGUGUCCAUAACGAUCUCGCGAAAGCAUUCAAUCGAGGAUUGAGUGAUAUCUGUAAAGAGAUGAGAACUGUUCUUAAAGAUGCAACCAUUGUCUAUGUUGAUGUAUACUCCAUCAAGUACAAACUCUUCAGCAAGUUCAAAAAAUAUGGCUUUGAGGAUCCAUUCAUGGCGUGUUGUGGCUAGGGGCCUCCGAAUAAUUACAACCAAAAAGGAACGUGCGGCCAGUCUGGUUCAACCAUCUGCAACGAUGUGUCGCGAUCGAUCGUCUGGGACGGAGUUCAUUUCAGUGAAGCUUCAAACCGAGUGGUUUCGACCGCUAUUUUAUCAGGCCAUUAUUCUACACCACAAAUGAAGCUCGAGAGCUUUUGGCAGGCUUGAUAAACACUCUUGUUUAAUCAUGUUAAGAACAAAUAGUUCGUGUCCAAAGCAAGCUGUUGGUUUAUAGUUGGUUGAUAGAAUCAAUCAUAACAUUUACUUUUUUUUUUUUUACUUGUGGAAUUCAAAUAUCAUUUGUAUGGUUCGACUUAGUGGUUGAUUGCUUUGUAAAAGAUAAAUGAGAGUCUAGUGGAAGGUGGAUAUCAAUUUAGACUUGUCUAUACAAAACAGUACUGAUCUUAAUGGUCAUAGUGAUAAAAAGUAGUAAUGUUUUUUGUGGAUGCAAGGAAUUAUGUAUUGGUUAAAAGUGACUGAUCCAACUG